UACAUACGCAUACGGUGCAAACGUAACGAAUGAAUGUACGGCACAUAUUAUGUACUUUGGUUUGAUAAAUGGCAAAGUUUUCCGAUUGUGUGGAAGUAGCAUUAUUUAUACGUAUACGUGGCGGUAUAGUGGCGCGGGCGCCUGUUGGAUAAAUGCGACAGUGAUUACUGGUUACGUAAAUUUCAAUAGCGCCUGAGUGAAAGUAAUAUCAAAAUUUGUACGAGCAGAUUUGUUGCACUUGUAUAUACCUUUAAAAUUAUUGUAAACAACUUAUUGAAACAUAUUUAUUUCUUAUAAAUAUGCCACCUAAGCGCAAAAAAAUCGGCAGGCCUGUGAUUCAUAAAAAUAAAUCCUUGAAGAAAAAUGCAAAUUGCAAAGUCAGUACAAGAAUAAAGCAAGAAGAUAAAACGCAAGCGACGGAUGUUUUAUUGAUUAAAAAUGAAAUAUUCGAUGAAAGUAAUAAGUCAGUUGACGAUGAUGAUGAUAUUGAUUGCAGCGAAAGUAUUGAUACACCUGUGUUGUGUCCUGAAGCUAAAAAGCUUGCAUACUACUGUGAAAAGUGUCCAAAAAAAUUUAAGUUUAAGAAGAGUUACAAGCAUCAUCUUCGUAAUGAACAUUCUGACUCACCCAAUAGUGUUGCAUGUGAUCAAUGUACCGUAAGGUGCCCUGAUAAGCAAACUUUAAAGGAACAUGUGAAUAAAUUUCACGAGAGAGAUAUAUAUGAAUGCCCUGGCUGUAAUAAAACAUUUGUGCGACGUUCACAUGUGAUACGACACAUGGCACAAAGCGGUUGUGAUGGUAACAGUGUUGUCACAUACCCAUGUGAGAUUUGUAAUUCAAUAUUCACAAGAAAAGAUAAUCUUAUGGUUCAUCUAAGAAUACAACACAUACAUAAAGAGAGUCACUCCUUCUCUUGCAAAUAUUGCCGAUUCGUGACAAAGAACUUCUCAAAGCUAACAGCACAUUGGCAUAAGAACCAUGCAGAGACUCCAAAUUUGUAUGAAUGUAAUCACUGUGGAAAAUCAACUGGCUCUCGUGCAGCUAUGGCUAAACAUUUGGAAAUACAUGGAGAAAAGAAAUUCUCUUGUGUCGUGUGUGGCUACAGCACAUUUACGGUGGAGGUUAUGCGACGGCACGUGUUGACGCACGUGGAUGAGAAGCCGUACAAGUGCAACUUGUGCAACCGCUCGUACAUACAACGGUUGCAGCUGCAGCGCCACCUCGAGAAACACGUCGGCAAUGUAUGCGGCGUGUGCGGCGAGGAAUUCACCACAAAGACUAGAUUGAUCGCUCAUCAGAGAGCGCACAAGGGGCUGGAUAAAUUGCACUGCCCAAUUAAAACUUGUCCAUACUCUAAAAAAGAAAUCGCCAAUGAAGCAAGUUUAGAUACGCACUUAAAGACGCAUUUAGGAAAAAAAGAUUACGCGUGCGACGUGUGCGGCAAGCAGUUCCACCUGGAGGUGAACAUGCGGCGGCACCUGUCGACACACACGCUGGACCGGCCGCGGCGCUGCAUGUACUGCGUGGCGGCGCGCGCCUACGUGCGCGGCGAGCAGCUGGUGCGGCACGUGCGGCGCCACCACGCCGCCAUCUUCCGCGCGCACCUGCAGCACGUGCGACAAGUGCUCGGGUCCAGUGUAGAUGUGGAGCGAGUGAAAAAAUCCGAAUUGGAUUCAAUUUUAAACGUUUUAGACGCCGAGUCUGAGCGUAUCAUGCAAGGCUAUAGCGGGUCUGGCGUCUUAUACGGAGGCAUGCAAGAAAAUGAAGACGAAUCAUACAAAGUCAUAAAGGAUGAACCAGGACCUUUAAUGACAGAAGAAGAACUUGUCGAAAGUUUAGAUAAGCUGUUGUGCAAAUUAAUUGAUGAGGAAACACUUCGUUGCUUUGGUUGGCCUGAUGUAACUGUUGAUGUGGUAUUAGAGAAGGUGAUUGAAAAAUGCGGCUGUCGGCCGGCGGACCGGGAAAUGUGGACGCGUAUGCAGCGCCUGCGAGAAAACACCAAACAUUUGUUCCUGUAUGUGAUUGAGGACAAGACCAUUAACGACAUGCUCGGGAAAUACACCAUCGAUCAAAUCAUCAAACAUAUACUUGCACAAGUCUCGGAAGACGAAACAAUUACAGUUGAAGACAGUUGAGUUGUGUUUACAUUGCACCACACGUAAAUCAGUGCCUUAAGGUAUAGAUGUAAGGAUUAAAUAACAAACUGGUGAAGGUUUUGAGAGUCAAUCAAAUAUUUUUAGGAAUAAGUGUUGAGUAUGAAUUAUGAACGUUAUUAUAAUUAAUAACCGGGUCACGUGACACAGUGCGGCUCUUAUUAGCAUUGUAUUAGAUUCCGAUUGUGGCUUUGUCCGCGCAGAAGUUUCCUGUGUAGCAAACAUAUAGAUAAUUACGUACAAUUGAUAGGGUAAGGUUUAAGCAUCAAUAAACAUGAAAUUCUCAUAUAUUUGAGAGACCGCAAAAUAUGAGUUAUUAUAUCCGUUUACCGUACGUGGUUGCAUUAUAUGGCCAAAUGUAGACUUAUUUCUACGGAAGAGCCUAAUUGCCUAUAUU